AUGUCUCUUGCUAAUAUUGCUGUAGGGUUCCGAUUUAACCCUACAGAGGCUGAACUUGCUUGCCAUUAUCUUUACAACAAAGUCAUGGGUCUUCCUCUAUCUUGCCCUUACAUUGUUCAAGAUUAUGAUCUAUAUGGUCAUGAGGAGCCUUGGCAAAUAUGGGAAAAUUUUGGAGAAUACAAUAAUACUACUAGUGAUGAUGAGGAUGAUGAUGAAGUUGAGGCUGGUCCGUCCCCUCAGGAUGAUCUUUUCUUUUUCACAAAUUUGAGAAAGAUAAACCCUGGCAUGAAAUCCUCCAGAUUUGAUCGUGGUGUUGGGUCCAAUGGGGGCCGUUGGCAUGGUGACGAUGUUCAUUCAUUCCAUUCCGAAGGAAUUACUUGGAAUCGAAGGAGAUAUUGUUACAAGAAUCCCAAUAUAGGCACUCCUGAUGCUUCCUGGAUUAUGUUGGAGUAUUCCCUCGCUGAUUCUCUUAUGCAGAAUGUUCCUCAUUAUACUGUGCUCUGUCGAAUUCGGAAAAAGAGUAACACGAAUUGCAGUAGAAAGAGGAAAUCAAGCCAAUCUAGCUCUCAGCCUAAGCCUAAACGCCAGUCGAAGAAAUUGAACUCGAAAUUGAGGACACCUCCGAUUAAAGAAAAGAAACUGUUCAUGUGA